CCGCGGCGGUUGGGCGCUCGCUGCCCGCCCCUCUUCCUCCUUGCAGAGCUUCGGCUCACCACCUCCCGGCCCCUGCGCGCGGCUCCUCGUCAUGGCGGCCCUCAGCAAGUCCAUCCCUCAUAACUGCUACGAGAUCGGCCACACUUGGCACCCUUCCUGUGGGGUCUCCUUCGUGCAGAUCACCAGGGGCGCCCUGGAGGAGUCCCUGAAGAUCUAUGCUCCCCUGUACUUGAUUGCAGCAAUUCUCCGGAAACGAAAAUUAGAUUAUUAUUUACACAAACUGCUCCCUGAGAUCCUACAAUCUGCUUCAUUUCUGACUGCUAAUGGGGCCUUGUUUAUGGCUUUCUUUUGCAUUUUAAGGAAAAUACUUGGAAAAUUCUACUCAUGGAGUCCUGGCUUUGGUGCCGCUUUGCCAGCUUCUUAUGUGGCCAUUCUAAUUGAGAGAAAAAGCAGGAGAGGGCUGCUCACAAUUUAUAUGGCCAACUUGGUCCUUUUAUUCUGCAUCACAGCUGCCAUGUACAUGUUCUUUUUCAGGUGCAAAGAUGGUUUGAAAGGAUUUACAUUCUCUGCACUUAGGUUCAUUGUUGGGAAGGAAGAAAUUCCCACACAUUCUUAUUCACCAGAGGCGGCAUAUGCAAAAGUGGAACAAAAGACUGAGAAACAUGAGGAAAAACCAAGAGGAAAGAAUAUAAUUGCUCUAGUCAGGAAGCUUGUGGAUUCAGUAUGUAAGCAUGGACCAAGGCAUAGAUGUUGCAAACACUAUGAGGAUAAUUGCAUCUCUUAUUGCGUUAAAGGUUUUAUCAGAAUGUUUAGCGUGGGAUACUUGAUCCAGUGCUGCCUCCGGAUUCCCUCUGCAUUUAGGCAUCUGUUUACACAGCCAUCCCGGCUACUUUCUCUCUUCUACAAUAAAGAAAACUUCCAGCUCGGAGCUUUUCUGGGCUCUUUUGUCAGUAUAUACAAGGGUACUAGUUGCUUCCUGCGCUGGGUCAGAAAUCUGGAUGAUGAACUGCAUGCCAUUAUAGCUGGAUUUUUGGCGGGAAUAUCAAUGAUGUUUUAUAAAAGCACAACAAUUUCCAUGUAUUUAGCUUCCAAAUUGGUAGAGACAAUGUAUUUCAAAGGUAUUGAAGCAGGAAAGGUUCCCUAUUUUCCCCAUGCAGACACUAUCAUCUAUUCCAUCUCUACAGCAAUUUGCUUCCAGGCAGCUGUCAUGGAAGUUCAGACCUUGCGACCAUCUUACUGGAAGUUCCUUCUAAGGCUCACCAAGGGCAGAUUUGCCGUCAUGAACCGAAAAGUCCUUGAUGUUUUUGGUACUGGUGCAUCUAAACACUUUCAGGACUUCAUCCCUAAGUUGGAUCCAAGAUAUACAGUUGUAACACCAGAGUUGCCCAUCGAGUUUUCUUGAAGAUGACUGUAACUUAUUAACGUGACUUAAUGUUUCAUUAUUUUGUCCUAGAGAGUUAAUUAUGUUGAACACAAAGAAGGGGGCCUGAGCUUGAACGUCAGUGUUAUUUCAAUGAGAGACGCUCUUUUUUUUUGUUUUUCUUACCAAUCAGAAAUACAGAAGCUUUUCAGGAAGGUGUUGCUUAAUAAUUAAGCUCCCUCUAUAGCCAGAAUCUCAUUCUGGAUCACUGUAAUGGUUGACAUUAUGAUAUAUUAUUAUCGAUUAAAUUAUAUCCACAAGCAAUAUUAAAUAAUCUAUGUAGAAAUGUAGUAACAAAUAAGAGUAUACUUAAAGUUACUUUAAAAGAUGUUUUACUUCAUUCCAAUCUAAUUCUUGGUUAAAACUAAGAAUAUUUCUACAUUUUAGGAUACAAAGGAUCACGGGUACAUGGAUUUGGUCUGUAUUUUUUUUUUUUUUUUUAACUUCUGAAUUGGUAACUAUAGUAGUGGAAUGUUAUGGGUAUGGAGUAACUCUUCACAGACAGUGCUGCUUUAUUUAGUAUAGAGAAAAUUAAUUGGAGAAAGUGGCCAUUCUUACUUCAGGGAUGCAAAGACGGGUAUCAUACUGUUUGGAUAAAUGCCGUGGUAUCCGUGCUCUUUUUCCACUGAUACCUUCAUCUCUCUCCAUGAUCAGUUGGGUUCUUUGGCAGCCCAGUGAACCUAUGUAUUAGUGGCAGGUUAGGAGCAAAUGGAAAUUGACAUAUCUGAUAAAGUUGAAACGUAUGUUUUAAUCUUUUACAGAAGCAUUACACUUGAAUAUUCAAAAACAGAUGAAGUUACCUUUAAACCUCCUGUAGGUUUAUUAUGUUUGUUUUCAUUUAUAAGGGCUGAAUUCUUCAUAGCUAAGUUUGUAUGCUGUUGUCGAUUUAGAAGGGAUCAGGUUCUAUGGAGCAAAAGUAGUUUGGGCAAGUUUGGCAGUUUGUUCCCUCAGCUGUUUCACCUAUACGGAUGUUUGACAACUAAAAACAUCCUAAAAAUCCAGUGGAGGUUUAAAAGUCCACUUCAUAAUUGGAUGCAGGUUCUCUAGCCUCUUUUCAAAAAAUCAUUAUCGUCACUUUUACUCACAUUAGAGCAAAGAAGUGACAAAAUGUAGUCACUGCUGAUUAUGAGUUAGUUCAGGACAGCUUUGAUUGAAAUAUGAUCACUCGUUAGAGUUUUUCAGGGACAAGUUAUUCUUUUCUAAGUUAAUGCAAGGCUUAAGUGGUUGUGAUAUGUUACAUUACAAUUAAUGUAACAUAUAGGGAUAAUGGUAUAUUUUUUAAAUAUAAUUUUGUUGCUGAAAAGUUUUAGGCUGCUGUAAAUUAAUUAUGCAGUAGAACUUGUGUAGCAAUAAGAAUUAUAACCCAGACUUUUUAAAUGCUUAAUCCUCCAUAUUCAAUUUCAUCAAGCCUUGUAUACGUCUGUUUACAUGUAAUUCUAACCUUGGUUGUUAUGGCAGAUUGAAACCAAACAAACAAAGACAGAGUAUCAACGAGAGCCAGUUUAAUUAGACCAAAAUUUUGCAGUGUGAUCAGCUUUUUAGGAUCGACUUGUCUAUUAGGCAAUACUGUUAAAGGAUCCUUUUGGCUUCAGACUUCCAAACUGAUGAAUAAAUUCAGUUCUAAGUUUUUAUUCACUGGAAUCAAAAUGGUGAUUAGUACUGUGUUUACUUUUAAAAAUGAAGUAUUAUAGCAGUGAAGAAAGCACUGCUACUUGCAUCUCAUUUUCUCUAUUCAGAAAUCAUGUUUAUAAUAUUUUCCCUGUCAGUUAAACAGAAAACUUUUUAAUCCAUAAGUUAUUGUUUUCAUUCAGAUUAAAAGACUAUGAAAUUGAAA